AGACCAUUUGCAGUCUCUCCCAAGCGCCCCGGCGCGCGCGCGAGGAAUCUUGGGAUCGGUGUUCUGUCGGCCCCCGUCGUCUGGCUGCUCUCCGUUGGAAUCGCAUCACCUCGCCCUAGACAUACUUUUCAUCUUCGUUGUUUAUACUUAAUAAUCCUCUUUUUUAUCUACUCCAGUGUAUUUUUCUUGUUCAUAAGUGUAUCUAUUUCGUUCAGCGCUUUGUAUUUCUUCUGUAUAUUACGUGUUUUUGUGCAUAUUCCAUCGUUUUCGACGCGGCCGUCGACGGACACCACGCCGCUUCGUUCGCCGCUCCCGGGGGAAGGCUAUGGCGACACGGGAUGUACCAGAGCCGCAAGAGCUACCACUUCCAGCAGGACCUUGGACCAAGCAGCUGAAGGACUUUCCUUCCGCAUUCUCGGAAAGCCACAUCCAAGGGCAUGGCCAAGCAGCUGGAGCACAGAAGCACACAAGUUCUGGCUACAAAAUGUUCAAGGCCCACAAAGUGCAGAACAUCUUCCUCCACACCACAAGUGCAUCAGAGACAAUUGUCAAGGCUAACGUGGAGGCUUCCAUGACCCUUACGAAGCGAUACGCAGUGCAUGCUGUGCUCUGCCAAGAUGGGCAGGUCAGCAAGGCUUCCUGUUCCUGCAAGGCUGGACAAGGCGGUGUGUGCAAGCAUGUGGCAGCACUGCUUUGGCACAUGCUAGACCUGAUAAGGGAGGGAAGGUCCUACAUCCCGGAUGCUCUGGCCUGCACUGAGGGAGCAAGGCAGUGGGGCCCAUCUUCAAAGAGAGGUGCAAGUACGGUGUCGUUCAACGAACUAGAAUUCGUCAAGCACGACUCUAGCAACAAGGCGAAGAGUGCGAGAAAAACCACGGAAGUGCAUGUGGACGUGGCGCAGGCAACCGUCAAGAGGCUGCAUACAGAUUUCAUUGAGAAGGGAAUAUUCCCAAUGUUUGCGGACGUGAUGGAAGAAGCUGCCUUCACACCCUUGCCAAGGAAGGUUCAGGAGCACUCGAACACGGAUGAUGGGGCCUCUGCAGCACGGAUCAGCUUGCCCAUAAAAGAGUGCUGGAAUCACCAGAUGCCACCAAGCGAUCCAUGCACCCUGACUCUUACACAAGCUCAGCACCUGGAGGAACAGACACGUGGCCAAAGCAGAAGUAUGCUGUGGCACACGGAACGUGAGAAAAGGAUCACGGCAUCACAGUUCGGAGACAUCGUCAAACGACAAGCACCCGUGAACGAAAAGUUUCUCAGGACGAUUUUCUCGGGCGGACAUGGCACGACACGUCACAUGAGGGCGGGACUUCAGAAUGAGGCGGCUGCUCUGAAGCGCUACAAGGCCAAGCAAAAGGUCCAAGUCUUCAGUGUUGGCCUUUGCAUCAACCCUGGCCUUCCCAUGCUGGGGGCAUCACCAGACGGGCUGGUCUGGGACGAAGAUAUACAGGAGUACGGACUAGUCGAAGUGAAGACCGUGUCACGGGCGAUAGAUGCGAACCUGACGACCUUCGAGGAGGUGAUGAGCAGAGGGUUUGUGGAGUUUAUCCAUGCGGACAAGAGUGUCGACAAAAAGCACAAGCACUACUACCAGGUGACAGGACAACUUGCGCUCACAGGACUGGAGUGGUGUGACCUUGUUGUUGACUGGGCGAAAGACUGCUGGGUCACACGGGUGCCCUUUGAUGAGGCACUCUGGGUGAACGUUAUGGUGCCACGCCUGACAGACUUUUUUUUUAAAUAUCGGAAAGACUGAGUGUUGAUCAUAAAAUUGUAGUGUCUGUUGUGGGCGGUUCUAGUGCCAAGUUUGGACACUUUUGGUAAUCGGGUUGCAAACACUGCCCGCGUGGGUGGGCGGCUCCGUACGUCAGCCUGCUGGUUUCGACUUCGACAACACCGGUUCUUGGCCUACCCGGUUUACGCAACUCGAGGAGUACGCUUAUGCCUCCGUACUUCGCCAAGCACCACCGGACAUUCAGGUGCGGACACUUCUCUACUGCAUGGGCCCCGAGGCUCGGGUCCUUCUCGACAUGUUCGGCUUGAACGCCGCCUCCCUGAACAACUACAACACGGUGGUCAAGCGCUUCUCGGAACACUUCCUGUACCCCGUCAACGAGGUGUAAGAGUCCUCGAGGUUCCACGAGCGGGUUCAGCAGCCGGGAGAGAGCGUCGACAGUUACUACGCCGAGCUCUGCAAGCUUGUCAAGUGGUGCAACUACCCGUCCCCCAAAGUCGAAGAACGCCUGGUUCGCGACCGGUUCGUUGUUGGUCUUUGCGACGAACGCCUGUCCGGCCAGCUCUGCUGGAAAGCCAAGCUCAGCCUCAAGGACGCGUGGACGCAGGUGAGGCAGAUCGAAGACGCCGAAAAAGAAAAAAACUGCUCGCGGGAGUCGAGAGUGUCCAGGUCACCGUCAACGUUGACGCCACCAAGUCUUGUCAUGGUCCGACGCACCAACGCAAGACAACAAAACGGUCAGACGACGCAUCAGCAGUGUCUUCACUUGGCGAUAACGACCCAGGUUCCUGCAGCUACUGCAGUCGGGCCCCCCACACACGCUCAGACUGUCCUGCUCGGCAGUCUCUGUGCAAUUAUUGCAAGAAGAAGGGCCACUUCGCGGACGUCUGUUGCGCUCGGAAACGAAAGCAGAGCAAGGUGGCGUUCCUUACCGCUCCACGCAAUCCUCGAGACUGAGAAGGCCAAGGCCAAGUACGUUGAGGUCAAUGUCGACAACUACACGGCGAUAUUCAAGGUAGAUUCCGGCGCGGAGGCGUCUGCUGUUUCGGAAGCCUUCCCGAACUUACCUCAUCAUCUGGACAAGGUCGACGACCUGCUGACAGCACCAGGAGACCAGUCGCUAAAAGUCAUUGGGUACUUCAUGGCUACCCUCCUGUGGCGAGGCAAGACCGGUCAUCAGCGUCUGUACGUGAUCAAGUCCCUCUCUAUGCCCCUGCUCGGGUUCCCAGCCAUCCAGGCUCUGGGUGUGGUAAAGUUCUUGGACGACAUGAAAGUGCCGGCACCGCAGGGACUUUUCAGAGGUCUCGGCACGCUCAAGGAGGAGUACAAGAUUCGGCUACGCCCGGAUGCGGUUCCGUUUUCACUUAGUGUUCCAUGCCGCAUACCGAUACCCCUGCGCGAGGUGGUGCAAACAGAACUGGCCAAACUGGAGCAAGACGGAGCCAUUCGGCGUGUCACCAACCCCACACCUCGGGACGCUGGACUGUUCAUGGUUCCAAAGUCGUCGGGAGGUUACCGUGUCUGUAUCGACUUUACAAAAUUAAAUCAAGUUGUCCCGAGAGAACGUCAUGUGCUCCCCACCGUCGAUCAAGUCCUGGGACUUCUGGGCGAUGCGGCAGUCUUCUCGAAGCUCAAAGUUACCUCAAGCUUCCAUCAGGUCAAGCUUUCCAAGGACUCUCAAGAGCUUACGAUGUUCAUUACGCCGUAUGGGCGUUAUUGCUUUUGCCGACUCCCAUUUGGCAUCACGUCGGCCCCUGAGUUUUUCCAGCGACAGGUGGCGUGGAUCUUGGAAGUCCUAGACGGAUUGGUCAACAUGGUCGACGACAUCCUAGUCUUCGGCAGAACGAAAAAGGAACAUGACCAACGCCUGCGGCAGGUGCUGUUGUGUCUCUCCGAGGCCGGCGUCACCCCUAGCUUCCGUCGACGGUUCGGCCUCAGGUGGACCUGUCUACUCGCGUCAUCGUGAUGUGCCUCGUCCAGCAUCACCACCACGUGUUCGUGGUGAUGGUACGGGCCGACACUACUCAACCCAUUCUGGAAGACAAGUGGUCGCUCCCAAGAGACUCAAUCUGUAAAACUUUGUUUUUUUUCACAGCCAAGGUGUCCGAUACUCUCCUUGAACAUUCUAAAGGGGGGAUUUUGCGGGCGGUGCUAGUGCCAAGUUUGGACACUUUCGGUAAUCGGGUUGCAAACACUGUGCCCACGUCUUGUGUAAAAAGCCAUUGCCUCGUGUGAUAAAGGUGCCUUUUGGUUCCUAGCUCUGGACGCUCAGUUGGUUGCUUGCCGUCGCUGGUGGGCUGUGCAGUUUCACCGCCGGCCACAGCCCGGCACGGCAGUGUCACAAAGGAAUCAACCUCAUUUUUAAUGCCAAAGACUUGGAGAACAUAUAAUAAACCAACUUUUGUGAACUGAAAGUGGCUGUCAUGACAAGUAGUUGGAAUGCCUCAGACUGCUCAUGUCGGCACAAGAAUUUGUUGCAAACUGUAGCGCGUACCUCUGUCCGAUAUAGUAGUCGCAAUAUUUGUGUACUGAAAAUAGAGUUUGUGCACUGUGCAUGCUAAAUUUCAUACACUUUUCCAUUGUUUACAAACCCACGCCCCAGCGUGUAAUCUUCACAGCCUAGCAUGCGCGUGGUCGUCAGUUGUGAAACCGUCCAAAGCACGCGCCAUACACACAAACACUAAAGAUGGUAUGGGAGCGUGUGACACCUAAAGAGGGCAUGAUCCUCUUCUGCAUUAUGCGCGAAAGUUCCAACAACGACCAUGUGCUGUGGCUACCAACGCCGCUUCCGGCGGCCCACCUGGGAGCAAAAUUGGUUUACGGUAGUGUCGUUACUGAUUUCAGCGCUAUUGAUGGUGAAAUUUUGGUUGCACGUCAAGGUCCCCACAUGUUCUUCCUCUGGGGUGACAGACAUCUUCCUUUGGUUUAAUCUGUAAACCCUCUAAUCUUCAUUUGCUGGGGCAUAUUGACGGAGAAUUUUAGUAAUUCGCACAAUUUACAAUGCAACAGCUUGUUUUCAACAUCUUGAAUUUUUGCCUGUGGCACACGCAAUGGCAUCUCAGUUAAAGCCCCUUCAUGUUUUAAAAGUAGCGCAAAGUGCGUCGAUGCACGAGGCACGUGCAACAUGCAGCCCUUGGGAAGAUCAUGGCGACACAGCGCAGCACUGAGCUAGAUUUCAGACGCCAUGUCCUUCCCAGAAGUGGCACACGGUACGUGUCUCGAGAAUUUCCACAACAAUGAAUGGCGCCACUUUUCCCAGGAUAGAGGGGCUUUAAUCUCAGUCUGCCUGUUGCCCCACCAAACAGUUCUGCUAGGAGUCGACUGUGGCCCCACCAUUACGUCUAUUUUUCUUUAUUAACCACUACAUUUCCGCCCUUUUUAGAGGAUAUGUGUGUAUUAAAAUAAAACAUCCAAAAGUAUUGAAAUUAAUUUAAUCAGUCCUAGUUAAAAAUUAAGAAUAAUCAAAUGCUCGCUACUCUGUCGUGUAGUGUGCAACCAAUCUAAAAUUAAAACCUGGCAAGUUUGGACAACAUUUUAUUGCGUUGAGUACUUCUGACAGGAAUCCUAACGUCCUUGAUUUCUUUCAUCAUGACCAUCUACCUUUGCUUUGAAACAUUUAUUUAACGACCAAAGAAGUGGCCACCAUAUCUGCCCUGCUGUUUGGGCAUAAAAAGAGGAAAAGCUUUUAAUCUUCUCGGGAGCUUCCAGGGCGAAUGAGACAAGUGGCAGCGAUCAGGGACUCCUGGGGCUUCAGUAGUCUGGAGUCACCUGGUUGAUCUCGGCGAGUAUGGUUUCCUUGAGUGCCGUAGGGAGGUUCUGAAGUUGCCCGACUGUGACGUUGUUGGGGGCCAGGUGCACUGCGAGUGGAGGGUGAACGGGCAAUCCAUCCCAAGAGCUUGGUGACAGGGUGAACACAAGUGUAGCAUCCAGAGUCAUGUUGCGCUGGUUGCGGAAAAAAGACGUCCGAGGCCCGUUCAGCUAGCUCCUCGGGAGAGACACCUUUGCGAAGGGCAACAGUGGCAGCAAAUUGCCUAGGUUUGUGGUCCCCGAGGAGAGAACGGAGGAGCCUUCAAACUUUCGAAAGAUGGCUAUUGCCGGAGAUGGAUCUGCACAGGGAAGUCCAGCAGUUGGAAGCGAGUUCCGAAGUGUAGCACGAGAUAGUCUUUUGGAGUUUAUGUGAAGGUUUGAGGAGUCGUCGUGGUCUGCGAGAACGGCGGUAACAGGCCAACAGGUGAAUGCGGCGGUCCAGUAAGUAAAUGCUCGUCAAAGCGGCAUCGUCCGGUACGGUUAGCCGCUUUGUGGCAGACUUGUGGGCGGACUGGAUAGCUUGUAUAAUGUCGGAAAAGCCAGCAAGUUCCAUGACAGAAGAAAGAGCUGCUCGGAAGUUGUCCCACUUAGUGAAGAAUGUGUCGCAGCAGGCGCGACAGUGAGAUAGGGUUGCGGAUAGGAAGUCGUAGCGUAAAAUAAUGGGGAGGUGAUCACCGCCGAGGCGGUCGCCGGCGACAUGCCAUCUCCAGCGUCGAGGGUAACGAGCACAGGUAAAGUCGGGGCAGGUGUCCUGCUGUUGGGAGGAUUGUUUGAUACGUGUGGGGGUGUCUGGGAUGUUGAGGAACGAAAGUUUCAGCCCUGUGAGGUCUGCAAGAAGCCGCGUGCCGUGGGGAAGGUCAAUGUCGUAGCCCCAUGCGUGUGUUUGGCAUUAAGAUCACCGCAAACGGGAACGUCGUCUUUUGGAUAAAGACGGGCGAAGUGCUUAAAAAAAGGGAUGUUUAGCGGCUGCCUUGUCCAGCGGUUUAGCGAUGUGUCUGGAGCCACAUAGACAGAGAAGAGAAAAACGGGCCGUUGAGGAAUUGGCGGCAACCCGUAACGCUGGUCAUUGCAGAGCACCUCUGUGAGGUGUCGAGAAGAGUGAAGCACACUGAUCGAUGAACGUACAGGGCGGAACGAAUCCAAGGCAAGGGGGCACUAGUCUCAAUGUUCGGAGCAAGUCCAUCGUACUGUGGCAAAGAAGGGAGGGGGCCGUUGAUUUCUUGUAGAGCAAACGCAGCGGCCAUGUCGGAUGACGAGUGAAGAUAAAAUUUUUCGAUGAAGUCUGCCUUCUUCUGUUUAAGCGAGCAACAGUUCCACUGAACAAUCCUGGGGGCGCUAACCAUGUUUGCGUGGUGAUAGUGGGGGGCCGCCGAACGGAAUGAUGCCCUGCAUCGCGAGGCGCCCGAUUACUGCACGGGUGCAGGUAUCCACGAGAGUAAACAGCGAGUUUUGCAUCGUCGGAAUUCGCUGCGUGGCUGCCAGCAUUUGUUUUGUGAAAAGGGUGAUUUGUUGUUGCAAGCCAGUAAAGUCUGACCCUGACGGAAGUAGGGCAGGCGUCUCACUAGUGCUGUUGACAGCUCUCGCUGAUUCUGCGAAGGUGGUCCGAGGCGGUUCUGAUGUUGGGACUUGUGUGAGGUCGGCGGUGAUGUUGUGUGCCGGCGUUAGGAGUUUUGUGGCGAGCACCGGGCGGGAGUCAGUCUUCUGCUUCGCAGACCUCGGUGCUGCGAUGAGGGCUUUGGGCGCAGAUAACAGCACAGCUUGCUGAGCAGGAGCUAGUUUCAGGCGUCACUGGUGGUGACGCCGGCUUCUCUUUGGAUGUUGAUGAAGGCAACUGACGACGCUGUGUUGUGCCGUUGGCUUGGGUGCUGUUGGGGCACUGGGCAACGCGAGGCUGGUGCCGUCGAAUGUAAUGAGUGCCGACCCAGAGUUUGUGAGAGGACCGGCCUGGAGGAUAGCAGAUUUCCGGCAAUGAAGGUUUUUUAGGACGCAGAAUCCAGGUCGCCAGACUUUUUUUAUGAAUCCGCGAACCUGGCCACGGCGAAUGGCCUCGUAGCCUUGCACGGAGACCUGCAGAGUGCCGAUCGGGAUGUAUGUUACAUUGAGGAAUGCAUCGCACACUUGAGACAAAGCAGCAUCAACUGCAAGUUGAUUACUGCAGUCGAGGUACCUCACUUGGUAGGGGGCUGCAAUGGUGUAGGAGACCUGAGGUCUAUCUGUGCAGCAACUGCAGAGUCAAUGGCAAGAAAGACCCCGUCCAUGAUGCGGCAUGGUUUGGCCGGCCGUAGAAUGACAGUGUGGGAGAACUCACUGCAGAACGAUGCUGCUGGAGGCGCCGCGGGCGGGGCCGCCUUACGUCGGCGAGAGACAGGAUGCCAUCCGUCCUCCAGGGGGAACGAGUCAGGGUUCGAGUCACGUUGGAUGCACCGGGGUGAGGUGGUAAGCUUAGUCGCAGCGGCGCCGAAGAAAAAAAUGCCACGAGCACGCUUCGUUUCAUUGGCGGCAGUGCGGAUGUGGCAACUGUUGUUGAGGGGCGACAACUUGCUUUCGGGAUCAUCGUCGCCGAGGAUGGAGAAUGGAUUCUGAGUAAAGACCGCAGGUUGAAUUCACGCGGCAACAAGUGGUGCAUCAAGAAGCGACGUGACGGCAGGAGUGGUUGCACCGGCUGUGGGUGGUGCAUUGAGCGGUAAGCUUCAGACAGCGGGAGAAGCCAGCGUGGCCUCGGUGGGUUGUGAGUCCAUUUCGUUGGGUAGAGGAAAGUCCCGAGGGCCGUAGUCGGUGCUAAUGGUCGUCAUGGGUCAUGAGGGCGUGUGGGCACAAAAAGUUGCCGGAGCUGAAGUGAGCUAGAUAGAGAGAUAUGGCCUCUUUUUUCUCCACGACCAUCUACGAAGCCACAAGACUGCAGCUCUAGCUUCGACUGAGCAGUGGCUCUCUCGUGAAAUUGCACAGCAAAGCACAGACCUUCCAGAUAGAGUCCAGGCUCUUGCUCAUACUGUUUGGGAAAGUACCCCUCAAGAUUCGAAAACACUUCAUUUGUCCAAUCACUCGUUCCACGUGGAUCCGGACCUUCGCAAUCGCCCUAGUUUUCGCUUCGUCCUCCAGGGAGAGCUGUAGCCUUCCCCCAAGGAAAGGUGGAAUGUUCAGGUUAGCCCCUGCAGCUUCGACCUCUUCAGUGAUCAAAAAGCCUCUGUCCGCCAUGACAGAGUCUCCGGGCUCAAG